AUGGAUCAACAGAACAGUGACAUAGAAAAAACUCCUGCGACUCCAGACGACCAGCAAAUUUCGUCAUCACCGAGCGACAAACGAACUUCGCAACAAAAGCCCCGAACUAUCAGCGGCUUCCCGAAGAGAUACGUACUGCUACUGAUGAUCUUCAUUGGAUUUGUAAAUAUCUACGCCAUGCGAGUGAACCUUAAUGUGGCCCUUGUGGCGAUGGUGAACAAUCAGACAAUCAUAAAGGGAGGAGUCUCAAUAGUUAAGGUACAUGAAACUUCGCCACUAUGUGUUUGAUCCAGUUAUUUGGAUCGUUGCGUGCAGCUGACGGUUUUGUAUGCGCAAAACAAGUUACGACCGGCCAAGCUGCGAGGCUUGUAACGGAGGAAAGUCUUCUACUUGAGGCUUCGCUGCUCAUCACUUAGUGCACACAAAAGCGUAAAAAUAGCACAAAACCGUCCGCCACCCAGGCUGUUGUAGGAUAAGUAUCUUGUUCUUUAGAGAAAAUUUCAAAAACGUAGUCACUACAAAGGCUGAAAAAAGUGGAAAAUAAGAUGAAGAGCUCACCUGAAUUUGUGGUAAAAAUUGUCAAGUAGUGAAUGUCGAUGUUGUUUUGUAGUGUUAUUUUCAUUUUUUUGUCUUUUUUUCAUCGUUUUUAGUAUUUUUUUAAUCGAAAGCACUACAGGAUUACAUUGGUUUUUCUUACCCAUGUUCUACGAUCGGUUUAGAAAACUCACGCAAAUUAAAAAAAAGAAGAAGAGGCAAAUCUUAAACCAGUCGUGGUAUAGUCGACAGAGUAAUUUUCAGUUGAUUGUCGAAAGUAAUCUGGAAUUACUUUAAUUUCUUUUAUUACGCUCUUUGAUUGGUUUAGAAAACACGCGCCAUCCCUUUGACCAAUCAGAUGACAAACUAAAAACAAGCGUGACUGUGACUUGCACGUUCACCCGCGAUUUCCCGCGCUUCAAGCAGUUAGCUUGCUUUGAAUUCCCAUUGGUUCCCUGUGACAUUUACCUUUGUUCUGAUUGACCAUUGUGAUAACUUUGAUUUCGCUUAUACGACAUCCAAGAAUGCGCCUUGUGUAUAUUCUUAGAAGAAGUUUCAAAGACUUAAAUAUAACAGUGAACAAGAUUAGAUUGUGAUAUAUUGAACAUAAGAUUUUUAUUUAUUUUCGAUACACGUCACACUUUUUUUUAAUUAGAUGAAGGACCAAAAUAUUAAAUUUAUCUUUUUAAGUGUUUUUUUCCUUCAGUUCGAAUACUAAACCAGAUUCUUCUAUUUUUUUUAAAGCAAGCUGAAUUUGAUUGGAGUUCAAAACUGCAAGGUAAGAUUGAUGGCCUUCAAAGAAUAGAAAUAUUUUUUAAGGGAAAAUACUGUGAAACCUUGCAUAUGGCAGUCUAGCUUGGGGAAAGUAACGACUACCAAUUACUUAUCGCCGCGAAGCAGACUUGGGAGGGGGGAUUGAGGAUUUUUGUUGCGUACAAAUAAAAUUUACCUGAUCACCCUAUAAUGCUCUGUAAUAUUCCCGUGAUCCCCUCCCCCCCUCAUUGGCUGUUAAUAAGCAGUCAAUUUUCUAUAGUUCCUUCUUUGUACUACGUUGAAAACAACUUAUGCCCCUCCGUCUCCCCUUAAGACAAUGCAACCCCCCCCCCCAGGUAAUAAGUGCAAACUAAUCCCCGAAUUUCAGUCAUCGAACCACAAAUCCAUCGAUUUCGUGCAUAAAUUCCGCCGAUGAGCUGAAUUCGAUGUCAACUGCGCGGCUAAGGCACAUUUUAAUAAUGAACCAACUUAGUUAUUUCUGUUCGUUUUUAGGUCUCGUCCUAGGCUCAUUCUUUUACGGUUACUGGGUUUUACAGAUCCCUGGAGCCUGGGUAGCACUUAAAAUCGGUGGUACUCGCGUGUUUGGUUAUGGAGUACUUCUGACGUCAUUACUGGCUAUCAUUACUCCAAUUGCUGCAAGAUAUCACGUGAUGGCUUUAAUCGGUGUUCGAAUUUUUCAAGGUUUGUUUUUGGUAAGUCAUAAUACAGCAUCUUUUAACGGGGUCUGGUUGAGCCGGUAAAAUUAGGGCCAGAAUGACCUUUGACGACUUGAUGCAGGUCAGGGCACACGAUUAACGAAUCAAAUAAAUCCAGCAUUAUACGUAAAAGGAAACGUCGGAGGUUAACUCUGUCGAGGAUACUCUCCAAAUAAAAUAUGAAAUAAGCUGUAAUAAAUAUAGGAAUGCAAGAACUAGCGAGAGUCUUGCUUACUUCCUUAAUUUGCUUGGCAAAUACUCAAAUCCUGCUCUUCAAAUAUUUCCCUAAGAAAUGUAUUCCACUGUUUGAUAAUUUUUUGGGAAAAAAAAUAAAAACAAUUUACGCUAGCUAAUGGCUGUUUUAAUUCAAAAUGAAUGAUUUGACAUUGUUAUAUUAUUAGAAAAAAAUAUAUAAAUAAUCAUUACAGUUGCAGCCAUUGAGACUAUGAAUAGUCUUGUACAACUGUAGCGGAGAUAGUUAGGACCUUCUUGAUUUGAAACAGGACCGAAGCAUUGUUAUUGAGGUGAAAUAGUUCAUUCGUUUGGGUGUGAUUUCUUGUUUUUGUUAUUGUUGGUUCUUUUAGGGAGUUACUUUUCCGUGCAACCAUGCCAUCUGGAGCAAAUGGGCACCUCCUUUGGAAAGAAGCAGUUUGAUAACCAUUUCCAUAGCAGGUUACAAAGCUUUUUUUCUUCAUCUUUACCAUGCAUGCAAAAUCUCUUAUGAGUGAGAUCGUGAGGCAAACUUAAUGUUCACAAGUAGUAGCAAUAAUCCUAGCAAAAACUCUUCAUUUACCAUCGCUGUCUUAAUGGUAACUCAUUUAUCUGUUGGGUGUUUAAGGCGUUCAUUCUCUGUGAGUUUGUGACGAAUAAGGGUAGAGUUUUAAGGAUCACUUAUCGUCUAUAGCCGAGGGUGGGAAUUGAGGGAUGGAGGGAUGGGGGUGGGGGGGGGGGGAGGGAUGGGGGUGGGGGUGGAGGAUUUUGGGGAUAAUGUGGUUUGAGGGGGAAAGGAAAGGGGGUCAGUCACCGCUAACAGAGUAUAAAGACUGACUUCAAAUUAACUGGUAAUGAGGGGGUGGAGGGUAAUAAAUAUCUUAUAGAACUUUAUAGGAAUCUAUUGAAUAUUUUAUCGUGAUUCAACCAAAAUCCUUCAGCCCCCUCCCCCCCCCCAAGGCGAUAAAUUAUGAACGGUCCCUUUACAUGGCUUUAUCAAUUGACUUCAAGUAAAAGCGAUGCUCUGUUUGCAGGUUGUCCGUUUGGCAAUAUAGUCGCCAUACCUCUCACUGGAGUAUUAUCCAAGUAUGGUUUUGAUGGUGGAUGGCCGUCAGUGUUUUACUGUAUAGGUAAAUAGUUAUUUCAACAUUGGAAACUGUUUUAAAUGCGGCAGAAUCCCGCUUAAUGGAACAAGACCUGGCUUCUCUUGGAUUUGACCCCAUUUUUGCCGUCAUGUACUAUCAGCUUACUCGAACUCGUUUAUUCAAAUUCCCCGUUAAAUCAAACUAGUUUUACUUUCCCUUCGCUAAAAUUUACUCUGGUAACUUAAAACCUUAAGUGAAAACGUUGGUUGACUAACGUUACAGCAUCAGAAUAUAGCUGAUUGACAGUUACCGUUCUGUAAUCGUGAUUGAUACAAACGUGAUAACAUUUAUGAAAAACAGUCAACAUUUAGCUUAACUUCCUAAUCUUAAAGUUCUUGUAAAAAAACGUAAGCUCCUACCAAAGAACCUAAAUGUACGGAAAUGACUCUGCAUUGUGCAAGAAUGGUAAAAAACAUGAUUCAUUAUCAUUUAUUAACAAGAUCGAUAUAACGCCGGGAAAUUAAACACCAGCCCGGAUAAUUCAAACCCCCUGCUAACUUACACCAUCUUUCUUUUCACUUGACCGUUCGAGCCAGCGAGGUUCUACUGUAAUUUUCGGCAGUAAAUAUUUAGCAAUCAUUUAUGUCACGUGCUCUUGUGUGUUGUAGGAUUAUCAGGGAUCGUUUGGUAUUGUGCCUGGGAGAUGAUCGUUCAUGAUUCCCCAACAUCACAUCCCACCAUAACAGAAGCAGAAAAAAAUUUUAUUGAGACAAGUAUUAGUGGAUCUGAUGAUAAAGCUGAGGUGAGGGGACAUUUGAGAGGGUCAGCCAGAGGAAGUACAAAAUCUAGAUUUAUUAGGGGUGGAGAUUGGGGUGGAGAUUGGGGUGGAGAUUGAUGUCGUUGAUGACAACAAAUUUUGAUUGGUGGUAGUUGAUUGGCUAGCAUGCUUCCAUGCUUCCGCUUAAAUUGCUCCUUUUCAACAAAUUUUUCAUGCGGCGUUUAAGAUGUAAUUUCGCGACCCGGACAAUCACGGAAGUUUGUUUUCGCCAUCUAUAGUUAGGGCGACGAAAUUCACAUAUUUUCCCAUCAAUUGAAUUAAGUUCGUGACUGUUUGAGUAUUGCUAGCAUAUAGAACCGGGAAAAGUUUUACGUGUUAAAAUAAAUGACUUUUUCUCCUAAAGUUAAUUGAUCUCCAACUUAAAGGCAAAUGUGAUGCGACUCUGACGGUCUAGCCUGCCUCGUUGAUUAAAAAAAACUAGGGUUUACCUUGUAAGUCAUAUGCUUUGUGACCUAUGUUUUACUUGAUAACGCCUUGAACUCAAAUCACGAAAAUUAAUUCCAGAAUCCUCUAGAUUUCAAGUCUAAUCUGCCAAUCUAGCUUUCAUCUUUCAAUUGCUGUUACCAGCGGAUAACGGCUAAUUUUUUUUAAUUUCCAGUUUGAAAGGCUUCCUUGGUCAGAUAUUUUGAAGUCACCACCAGUUUGGGCCAUUGUGUUCGGCCACUUUGGAGCAUGCUGGGGAUAUUAUACACUAUUCACUGGCAUGCCCACGUAUUUUAAAGACGUUUUAGAUUUCGAUAUUGAGCAGGUAAAUAAAUUAAAUCUUAGGUGUUAGUUUUCUAGGGAAACUAUUGUGCCGUAUCUGCGGCGAUGUGACACAAUAAGUAUUUUUUCCUAUGAUUUUAUAGAGUUAAAGACUAUGAAAACCACCAGACAUAAGUUUGCUUUUUUAGCUAUUGUUGUUGCUGAUUUUUUUUCGGGCGAAGUUUACUCGUAAGCCUCGAGCAUAUUGAGUGAGGGUUAUUGUCUGUGUUUAAAAACGUGUUUGUUUGACAAAUAUUAUGAUUAUAAGCUCGAAAAAGGGAUGAGUGCUCUAUAGGCCUUCAGGGCAGUCAAAGUUUUUCUGAAUACAUGGGAGGGAAGAAUGUCUGUAAAAAGUGUGAAUUCGCCUACCGACAUAGAGACAAUGUUCAUUUGUUCUCGUUUCAGACUGGAUUCCUAGCAGCCUGUCCGUAUUUGUUUAAAGCCAUUCUAGGUCCAGUAGGAGGGGUAACAGCUGAUAUGCUCAUAAGAUACAAGAUUUGUAAAAUCGGUACAGUAAGGAAAACUUUCUACGGGGCAGGUAAUACUUACAUCUGCGUAUCUGUACGUAAGUAGUAUGCAAUUACUAAGGCCAAAAGUAUAUAAAUUUAUAAUGCUUCCGCUAGGGUUUACUGUUAAUAUUUUUACCCUGCUUUUAAAUUUUGAAAUAAGUGAAAGAUGGAGAUAAUGCGGGUGACUCGCAUAUGAUUUUUUUCGUCGCGGUGUCUGGUACUCAUUAUUAGUGCUAGAUUUCCGGACUCAUUAUCAUUGCCAGAUCCCCGGUAAACCUCUGCACGACUUGUUUCGAAUCUCCUCGCGGAAUGUGAACGUGCGUCCUGUAGCACUGAUCAAAAAGGACCUGCUCGCUGGCUGAGAAUUACUGAGUCGCGAUGGAUUCUGAAAAACAAAUGACAAGCGAACAGUAGCGUCGAGUUUGAACUGUUCAGUUUCGCCUUAAUUUAAGGCCCUACAUUUUCAAUCUAGAGUUUCCACGUUCUUUGUUUGUAAUGCUCCACUUCUUUUGAUAAUCUGAGCACAUUUGGAUAGAUGUAUGCGAGCCAGACUUCAGCCUUACUUGAUGGUGGAUUAAGUUCUGACCUCAAGAUUCGCCUUAAAGAUAAAUCUUCUCCGAUUCUGUCCACAGGUUGUUUAUUAGCUGGAAUAUUUAUUGUGGCAACAGGCUAUACUCAGCAAAGGAGAUUAAGUGUUAUAUUCUUGGUGUUGGGUGUUGGAUUUUCUGGUUUAAAUGCUAUUGGUUACGCUGUCAAUCAUUUAGACAUUGCCCCGCCCUUUGCAGGGGUGCUUAUGGGCCUCACCAACACAUUUGCAUCAACUCCAGGAUUUAUAAGCCCUCAAAUAACAGGAUUUGUUACUUCAAACAAAGUAGGUAGACUUCUGUACGAUCAAAAAAAAAAAAUGAAGAAAGGAUUUGAAUGCCUAAUAAAGGCUCAAACUUACGCGCCCUAGGAAGCUUCAUUUUGUUCUCCGCUAGAGAAGAAGUUGGCUCAGUUAAAUCUGACCCGGGAGGUUUGCUGAGGGUCUAACAGAAUCAGUACCAGACCCCCUCUCCCUGCUUGUCUAAAAUCUUCCCGCGGGCGGAGAAACGCGCGUCUUGCAGAGCUAAUAAUAAAGUCCAGCUCGCAAACUUUUGGUUUUUAAUGCAGUAAUUGUCUUAAAUCUUUUAGAAACAAGAAGAGUGGAGGAUAGUAUUCUGGAUCACACUUAUUGUUUAUGUUAUCGCCGUAAUUUUCUACACGUGGCUUUGUUCAGGCGAACGCCAGCCGUGGGCAUCACCUCCUAAACAGGAUGACAUAGACAAAGAGGAAUAAGACUUCACGGCUCAUCAUUUGCUGCAGGCAGAAUCAUACAGUGAUACAGUUGUCGCUAUUUAGUGUGGUCCAUUGUUGAAUGUCUCUGUGUCACGGUGGCAAGUUGGUUCCAGUCUUCGCUCUCUUGUUCCAUGCUAUCAGUGUCAAGCAGAGUGAAGGAAUACUUACUUCCGUGUGGCUCAUAGUGAAACGCAAUAAUGCGACCUCAUCACCUGACCGAGGCUAAGAGUAUGGUAGUUUGAAAGGCGUGAUCAACUAUUAUACUUUUUUAUAACAUCCGUAUCAUUUGCGAAGUAUAUUGACUUUGAUUAAGAAAAACAUCGAAAAGCCUGCGCAUAUGAAACUUCAACUAAAAAAUAAAUCAAUAAUCGCCCAACUACCUCGCAGUAUUUCUUUAUAUAGCGGUAAACAUGUUCUGUUCUAGGAGAAAGGGGGAACAUUUGAUAUAAUGACACUCAAGUAAAGAAAAGAAUUAGAUGAAGCCUAGCUACAUGAAUCUGCUUUCUCCAAACUUGAAAUAACUUGUCUUUACAGAUUUCACCUCUCCGAAAGGGAAUGGCUAGCGGUCACAGUAGCCCGACACCUGUACCUGUCAUCUGUUGAGAUAUUUCAUCCAUCACAUAUUCUAGCUUGAACGCGAUUGGUCGAAACGCUUUUAGUGAACUUAUACGCACCAGCUAAAACAAGAAAUUUUC